UCAGUCGCUUCGCCAAAGAGGAAGCGCACAAACAGUCACAGCUUUAUGAUCCGCGUGCACUGACCGAGCGAACCAGCCUGUAUAGCUCCUCUCUCUCUCUCUCUCUAUUUCGAUCACUCUCUCUUCCUCUGACCUGCUCUCUCUCUCUCUCGCGCGCGCUCAUUAUUCGGUACCGCGUUCUAUCCGCGCGCACAGCCUCUUCAUGUAGACGGUAAGCAGCGCCUCUGUCUUGGGCUUCCUCUGCGCCAUGGAGGAGGAGGACUGCUGCUGCUCCCCGGAACGCGAGAGGAUGGAAGCGUGGCUGGACGACCACUUGGAGUUCACUCACUCCUACUUUAUCAGGAAAGCGUCAAGGGAGAUGGUGAAUGCCUGGUUCGCUGAGCGCGUCCACACCAUCCAACCAUCUGCCUCCAAAGAGAAUCCUCUAGAGCAGCGCUCGUCUACCAUAUCCACCAUCCUCCCGCCAACCAUCACCCUCUUGGACAACCGCUGCCCUUCCCCAGGGUCAGUCCCCAGCCCGGCCCCCAGCACCCCUACUCGCAAAAUCUCAGCGUCAGAGUUCGACCGCCCGCUCAGACCCAUCGUGGUGAAAGACUCCGAGGGCUCAUUGACAUUUCUGAGCGACGCAGACCGCGAGACUGUUCUUCUGCGUGGCCCGGUGAUGGGCGAGGGCGGCCAUGUUGGAGGUGACGGCGGUCACGGAGGUGGAUGCAGCAGCGGGGGAGGCAGUGGCACCGAGGGCGACCGCUGCGCCCGGCUGCUGGAGCUGGUGAAGGAAGUGUCGAGUCACCUGGAUGUGACAGCACUCUGCCACAAGAUCUUCCUGCACAUCAAUGAGCUGAUUGCUGCUGACCGCUACUCGCUGUUCCUGGUGGGCGAGGACAGCUCCAACAGGAAGUUCUUGGUGAGCCGGCUGUUUGACGUGGCCGAGGGAUCCACGCUGGAAGAGUCGUCCAGUAGCUGCAUCCGUCUGGAGUGGAACAAGGGCAUCGUGGGACACGUCGCCGCGACGGGACAGCUGCUCAAUAUCAAGAACGCAUACGAGGACCCCAGGUUCAACGCCGAGGUCGAUCUGAUCACAGGUUACAAAACCCAGAGCAUCCUUUGUCUGCCCAUCAAGAACCACAGAGACGAGGUAGUUGGAGUGGCUCAGGCGAUCAAUAAGAAAUGUGGGGAGGACGGUGCGUUCACUGAACAGGAUGAAAAGGAUUUCUCAGCCUAUUUGGCCUUUUCGGGCAUCGUCCUGCACAACGCUCAGCUCUACGAGACGUCGCAGCUGGAAAACAGACGCAAUCAGGUGCUGUUGGACUUGGCCAGUCUGAUCUUUGAGGAGCAGCAGUGUCUGGAGGUUCUCCUGAGGAAGAUCGCCGGAACCAUCUUGUCCUUCAUGCAGGCCCAGGCCUGUACCGUCUUCAUUGCCGAUGAAGACUCGAUGAACUCCUUCUCUAGUGUCUUUCACAUGGAGUACGAGGAGCUCCGUGAAGUCUUAGAUGCUCCCAAAAGGGACUGUGACGUCGGUCAGAUUGACUACAUGUACGCGCAGUACGUUAAAAACACCAUGCAGCCUCUCAACAUCGCAGACGUCACCAAGGACCAACGCUUCCCCUGGACUAGUGAAAACCCAGAUCACACCAACUACCAGAUAAAGAGUUUGCUCUGCACUCCCAUCAGUAAUGGAAAGAAGGACAAAGUCAUAGGUGUCUGUCAGUUGGCGAACAAGAUGGACGAAGCUUCGGGCAGCGUGAAGGCCUUCAACAGGAACGACGAGCAGUUCCUGGAGGCGUUCGCCAUAUUCUGCGGCCUGGGCAUCCAGAACACACAGAUGUACGAGACUGUGGAGCGAGCCAUGGCAAAGCAGGAGGUCACACUGGAGGUCCUGUCAUAUCACGCCUCUGCCACGGAGGAAGAAUCGCGGGAACUCCAGGUAACCACGGUAGCCACGGUGCCUUCUGCCCAGUCCCUGCGACUCCUGGACUUCAGCUUCAGUGACUUUGACUUGUCGGACAGCGAAACCACGCUGGCUACCAUCCGCAUGUUCGUCGACCUCAACCUGGUGCAGAACUUUCAGAUGAAGUACACGAGUCUGUGCCAGUGGGUUCUGAGUGUGAAGAAGAACUACAGGAAGAACGUGGCCUAUCACAACUGGAGACACGCCUUCAACACAGCGCAGUGCAUGUUCGCCCUCCUUAAGUCAGGACGCUUACAGAACAACCUCAGCGACGUGGAGGUCUUGGCUCUGAUGAUUGCAACUCUCAGCCACGACCUGGACCACAGAGGAGUCAACAACUCCUACAUACAGAGGAGCGACCACCCACUGGCGCAGCUCUACUGCCACUCCACCAUGGAGCACCACCACUUUGACCAGUGCCUCAUGAUCCUCAACAGCCCCGGAAACCAGAUCCUGAGCGGCCUCUCCCUGGACGAGUACAAAGCCACUCUGAAGAUGAUUGAGAGGGCUAUUCUGGCCACAGACUUGGCCCUGUACAUGAAGAGGCGAGGGGAGUUCUUUGAGCUCACUAAAAACAGCCAGUUUGUCUGGGAGGACGAGUAUCACAGAGAUUUACUGAGGUCAAUGCUGAUGACUGCAUGUGACAUAUCAGCCAUCACCAAACCCUGGCCUGUGCAAAAGAGGAUCGCAGAGCUGGUGGCCACUGAAUUUUUUGAGCAGGGGGACAAAGAGAGACAAGAGCUCAACAUUGAACCCAUUGACCUAAUGAAUCGAGAGAAGAGAGAUAAGAUUCCCAGCAUGCAGGUGUCCUUCAUUGAUGCCAUUUGCAUUCAGUUAUAUGAGACUUUGGCUGGGAUGUCGGAGUGCUGUUCUCCUUUGUUGGAGGGAUGUCAGAAAAACCGGCAGAAUUGGAAGCGUUUGGCCGAGGAGUGCGAGAAGGAACUGGUCAACGGCUUGGUGUGAUUCCACAGCACAGCUUUCCCGGGUUUUUACGUGUUCAACACCGUCUCACAAAGUUUCAUAAAUUUGGUAUAAAUGUAAACGGAGAAGAUUGUAUUAUGUCA